CAUCUGCAGCCCCACUUGCAGCUGCUCAUGUCUCCGGCCAGAAAGCAGCUCAUGACUCAGUGCCUGCAGUGCUCAGCUGAGAGCGCGUCCCACUCGUUCCCUGAAAUUCCUGCGGGAAUUGGAAUACGGGAGACGUCUGGCCAGACAACCAGACUGUGCAGAGACAGACACAAAGGGACUCGGCGCCUUCGUCUAAGUUUCCGAUCGGAUUCAUAGUUGGUUGGUCGAAAGCAGAGAAGGCUGCUAAAGUGGCCGACAACGAGCUGGCGUCUUCUUCUGAGCUGUCUGGGAAUCGGAGAUGAAUGCGGGGAUUUAUUCGGUCUGAGUGGAGCAGCAGCAGGAGCUGUCUGACUGUCAGUCGCGCUUAUGUAUAGCCUCUGCAGGGUCAAGAUGCAGCUUCGGACUGUGCUGGACGUCAAAGUGGUGGACGUGGAGAAAAGGCGCAGUCCGUCCAAACACUACGUAUAUCUCAUCAAUGUCACCUACUCGGACAAUACCUCCCACGUCAUCUACAGAAGAUACAGCAAGUUCUUUGAUUUACAGAUGCAGAUACUUGACAAGUUUCCAAUUGAGGGGGGGCAAAAAGACCCAAAGAAGAGGAUUAUUCCGUUUCUCCCAGGGUCUCUUUCUGAACAUCUGGUUAUCCAUGCAUGGUGCAUGCAUCAUUACAUUGAGAGGCAAAAUUCUCUUCCGAAGGAGUCAUGUGCGAGAUGUCGCCAUGAAGCGACUGCGUUUCAUUGACGACUACUGCAGGGCACUUGUACGACUCCCUCCUCAAAUCUCACAGAGUGAAGAGGUACUACGCUUCUUCGACACAAAAACUGAGGACUUCAACCCCCCUGUGGAGGACUAUGGCUCCAAGCGCAAGUCGGUAUGGAUGUACGGCAUUACCGACAGCCAGAGGAAAGAGGCGUCAGGGAUUGACAGCUUGGAGCCCAUGGUACUGGAGCAGUAUGUCGCUGUGGCCAACUACGAGAGACAGGAGAACUCUGAGAUCAGCCUCAAGGCUGGUGAGACGGUGGAUGUAAUUGAGAAGAGUGAAAGUGGUUGGUGGUUUGUCAGCACAGCAGAGGAGCAGGGCUGGGUGCCUGCCACAUACCUUGAUUCCCAAAGUGGAACCAGAGACGAUUUGGAUUUAGGUACUUCCAGGACAGGAGAGGUAACUAAAAGACGCAAGGCCCAUCUGAAGAGGCUGGAUCGACGCUGGACACUCGGGGGUAUUGUCAACCGCCAACACAGUAGAGAGGAGAAAUAUAUAACAAUACAGCCUUAUACCAGUCAAGGAAAGGAUGAAGUCAGUUUCGAGAAAGGAGUCACAGUGGAGGUUCUUCAAAAAAACCUAGAAGGCUGGUGGUACAUCAGAUAUUUAGAGAAAGAAGGAUGGGCCCCUGCCUCCUACUUAAAAAAGCUAAAAGAAGACUUCUCCCCUCGUAAGAAGACACUGUCAGGCCCUGUGGAAAUCAUUGGCAACAUCAUGGAGAUCAGCAGCCUUUUACAAAAGAAGUCAGUCAGUGAAAAGGAUAUCCAGACAGAUGGCGACGGUAGCACCACACCGGAGCGCCACAUCUCGAAGAGUGAAAUCAGCUUGCCCAUGCCCUUUAGCUCUGAGAUCAAUGCUGAGACUGGCAGGAGGCUGAGCGCAGGCCGUGAUACCAACAGUCCAUGUCUGGGAAUAGCAGCAGCGAGCUCUGCCCGAAACGAAGCCAAAGCCAGAGGUGAAUCAGGGUCCCCAGCUGUUGCCAGAGUAGCGCCACAAAGAGUUGAAAUUGGGUCUCCCAAUCUGAGACAAAAACCUCCUCCAAGGCGAGAGACCAAUUUGGGGUUGCAGUUGCCGAAGCCACCAGAGCCCCCUGCUGUGGAAGCAGAAUAUUACACCAUUGCAGAUUUCCAGUCCUCCAUUUCUGAUGGCAUCAGCUUCCGUGGAGGACAAAAGGCAGAUGUAAUAGAGAAGAACCCUGGAGGUUGGUGGUAUGUGCAGAUUGGAGAGAUGGAGGGCUGGGCUCCAUGCUCCUACAUCGACAAACGCAAGAAGCCUAACCUCAGUCGUAGAACCAGCACUCUGACCAGGCCCAAAGUCCCACCCCCAGCCCCACCUGUAAAAAAGCCUGAUUCUGAGGAGAGUCCUCCUCCUACCACAUCCUCUCCAAAAGUAAAAGAUUCUCUAAAAAGAUCUGUAUGUGAGGAACCUGAAUAUGAUGUUCCUGCAAUUGGCUGUGAAGGUGACUUGGAUACAGAUCCCCUCAAAGAUGAGCAUUCCCUCGAUGUUAAGAUUAGCAAUUUAGUCAGCAACAAGUAUCGCAGUUCUCCACCUUCAAGUAAAGGUUCCCCUACUGUCAACAAAGAAUCACCAGUUUUCACCCAUCGAAGGGCUUCAUUUAGAUCUGUCAAAGAUGUUACUAAAGCGGAAUGUAUCUCUGAAAAUGAUGGGUUUUGCACUAGUAAUGUGAUUGAAGGAAAAACAGCUGAAGUGUCCAGUGAACCCAACUCUCCAAGGACCUACCUUUCCUCUACAGUUCCCCGCAAACCCUCUGGAUCUUCAUCAAUGCCUGGUCAGCCCACAAAAACAAUCACCCUGGAGAUGAAUAAGAGAAGCCAGACUCUUGGUAGACAUAGAGACAUUCACUUUUGGUCUCAGGAGAACAGUCCCCAUUCCUCAUCAGAUGAUUUGAUUCGAGGCGCCAAGAAAUGCACAGGUCUUAGCGGGGAAGUGGAGAAGAGAAUUGGUCAGAGCCCUUCGACAAGACCAAAGCCCUCUGUCAGACCUAAACCAUUCCUGAAUAAAUCAGAGCCUCAGAGUCCUGAGAGGAUGGACAUCAGCUCUUUGAGACGCCAGCUGAGGCCAAUAAGUCAGUUGCGACAUAGACCCAAGCCUUCUCGAGGAGAAGACUCGGAAACUGUCUCUGUUGUCUCAGCCGAGGAAACUAUGUGUUCACGCAGUACAUCAGAUCUUUCAUCUGUUUACUCAAAAAGUGGUUAUAGCGACUCUGAUGUAGAAGGAUCCUGUCUCUUCCACUCCCUGGAUGCCUACAAGAAAGUACAAGAGUGUGAGAUAAGCUUUCCAGCAGGGGUCGAGGUUGAAGUUCUCGAGAAGCAAGAGAGUGGCUGGUGGUAUGUGCGCUGGGGCUCUGAGGAGGGUUGGGCUCCCUCAUACUUUCUGGAACCUGUCAAGCGUAUGGGUGAUGCUGCUAGAUGGGAAUCAGAUGGACAUGGUAGUGGUGGUAGUAAGCCCAAUAGCCAUGAGAAAAAUGAAAAAAAUGUUACGGCAGUAAAUAAUAUCAAUAUUCAGAGUCUGACCCAGCAGCAUCAAGGAUUGCGAAGGAAUACACCACCAAUUCCUUCCAAGCCACCUGGUGGCUUUUCAAAGCCAUCCGGGAUGGUUAAUGGAAGUGUGCGAAUGAGGAAUGGUGUACGCCAAGUGGCAGUGAGGCCCCAGUCUGUAUUUGUAACAUCGACACAGCCAGCUAAGGAUACACAUUACAUGACAGGAUCUCUGAGACGAAAUGAUUCACUUGGUAGGAGUGAUCACCAUGGCUCUGGUUCUGCCACGCUCGGUGUCCGUCGAAAUGCCUCUUUCAGCACUGUGCGGCCACAUGUGGUCGUUGAAAGUCAGACAAGACCUGCUGAAUGCUGCAACCUGGGAUCCUCGGUUAGUGGAUUCAGCUCAAGCAAUGUCCAGGAUCCCCUUGGCAGGUUUAGCCAGCGCAAUGGUAUCCCCGUCUCCACAGUUCGUCCUAAACCCAUAGAGAAGAGCCAGCUGAUCAAAAAUAACCUUGAUAGGGAUGUGUACGUGUCCAUCGCUGAUUACCGAGGUGAUGAAGAAACUAUGGGUUUCACUGAGGGCACCUGCCUCGAGGUCCUAGAAAGAAACCCCAAUGGAUGGUGGUACUGCCAGGUGCAGGACAGUCUCCUUCCCCGUAAAGGCUGGGUGCCAUCAAACUACCUUGAGCGGAGAAAAUAAAAGCCGCACGUAUUCUACAACCUUUUUGUUUUUGAUGGGUGACAUCAUACCUUAAGAAUGUUACCCACAGUCUCCAACAAGCAAUACAAUACAUCCUUGAAUAUAGCCAGUUACUGAGGAAUGACUGUAAUCUGAGACAAAAGGACACAUUAAGUUUUGGUUUCCUGAUAUAUUUACAAACAAAAAGAGUGUGAAGGGUUUUACUGGCAGGAGGGAGUGAAAAAGAAGUUUUGGCCACAUUUGACAAUGACCACCUUCAAACAUGGUAUGAAAGCCGGUUUUCUAUAUUUCCUGCACAGUAUGUGAUGGAUAAUAAGUGCCUUUUUGUAUUUCAUCGCAAUGGAAGUACGAAAUCGAGAGAAAACUGUUCCUCCAACCAAAUCUUUCAAAUGUGCCAUAAAUCAUAAAGGUGAAACAAUUGUUUGAAUCGAGAGGCCCCUUACUGAAGACAGAAGGAUAUCUUAGAUUGGCUGAGAAUGAGUUUGAGUUUCAUUGAUCAAGCAAAGAAAAAUCUAUUUUUUGGUGUUUUAUGUUUAUCGUCUUGGGUUGAUGACUUCCUUAGAUAAUUAUUUCUGCUUUCUUCUGACAUCUCUUAUCUACCACCAAUUUAUAUUAUAAAAGUAAAAACUCUUUCAACAUUCUUAAAUUUUUGACAACUGAAAAAGACAUGAUAGUUUAAUUAGUCACAAAGUGUGUUGUGAAUCAUCAGUCUUGUUUUUAUUUAAAAUGUUUUAGUACAGGAAAAAUAACUAAAACAUCUAAUACAUAAAAUUACAAAUGAAUAAAUGAGUAUUAAAUACUGUAAUAUUUAAAAAUUAUUAUUAAUUUGCAGAAUAGAGCCAACAUUGUUUGGAGUUUGCAUAUUCUAAAGAGAAACAACUAUUUCAUAAAUACUAUACUUUAUUCGUCUGUUUGUUUGACUACAUUGGUUCCAGUUACUGUAAAUGUCAUCUCUCAACUUGUUAGCAUAUUUGCUUCACAGUUCUGAGGACUGGGGUUCAAAUCCAGCCCUGCCUGUGUGAAGUGUGCAUGUUCUUCCCAUGCCUGCAUAGGUUUUCUCCCACACCCCCAAAACAUGCAUGAUCUGCAAGACCUAAAUUAAGUGUGAAUGUGAGUGUGAAUGGUUGUUAAUAUGUGCCCUGCGAAUGGGUGGCGACUUGUUCAGGGUGGAACCUGUCUUUCACCCACCUGAAGAUAGCUGGGAUAGGCUCCAACACGCUUUUGACCCUGGUGAAUAUAAGUGGUACAGAAAAUGGAAUGGAGACACUAUAUAUACACAUCCAUGCAGGUAUGCUCUUUCAUUGCAUUCAAUCAGUCUUUCAUCUAUUUUCCAUUCCACUUACCCUCACUAAAGUCGUGGGCAUGCUGGAGCCUAUCCCAGCUAUCUUUGGGUGAUAGGUGGGGAAAACCUGAACUGGUGGUUAGCCAAUCGCAACCUUUCAUUGCAUUUCACCCAAAAUGUGAUUGCACCAUGUUUUAUUUAUUUAUGGUUGAAGUAAAUCACAUUUUUCACAAAAUAAAUUAAAUGUCCUAAACUGAAAAAUGUGAAAACCUGGAACAACUUAAUCAUAAAAAAAUUGUGUAGUAGUCGGUGAUAGAAGCAAAUACUGACAUAACAUAGUCAUAAACAAUUCUUAAAUGUAUUCGUGUGAAAUCUACCAAACGUAUGAAAUCAGGAUCUUUUAAUUGGAGAGCCUAAGUAAUUUUAUUUUUUUUGUCUGGCAAAUUAGAUAUUGCAAUUUCAAAGAGAAAUAAAUAGAGCACGUUCAGCAACAUUGGCAGCCCUUUUUAAAAUUUUGGCUGCACACCCUGUUGGUUUUAUGCUUAUAUCCUCAGUGUUUGUCUAGGAAGUAAUUGAAAAUUUAUAGGGUUCUUUUCCCAAAUGGCAGAUUUCAGCUCCGCCCAAAGAUUUUCAAUUGGAUUAAGAAAAUGUCUCAUUGCUGGCCAUUUUAAAACUUUUUUUUUUUUUCCAACCCUUGCUUUGGACUUUUGGACUUUAGUCUUGCUGGAGGAAUGGAAGAUCCAUGAUCUUCACCUCAAACCAGUUUUCUUACACUUGCCAAGACAUAUCACUCAAAAAUAUUUAAAUAAGUUUUGUAUUUCAUGAUACCUGUGAGGGCUCCAGUAACAGGUGUAGCGAAACAGCGCCACAGCAUUAUGGAGCCUCCAGCGUAAAGGCUUAAUUGCACCAUGUGGAAACAUGUUGGUCGUGUGCAUUGUUAUUUCAAAAAAGUGACCAUUUUUUUUCAUCUGUCCAUAAAAUAUUGUUUAUAAUUUCUUCUUUUGUACCAAAGACAAGUAUCCUUGAGAAAAUGGUGUAUCACUUGAUUCAUUUUUUUUCAGAUGUUCCAGAUUUAGGUUUUAAACUUCAUGGGUGCCAAUAAUGCUGAGCACAAAUUUACAUGACUAUUGAGAUGAAUUGCCUUAAAGUGCUUUAUUGCAAACUCUAUUUCAGUGAGCACUUGUUUUAGAAUUUUGAUCAGAAAUUAGGAAUUUUAAACUUACUUAUCCUUUUAAUAGGCAAAUUUUAGCUGGGGAAGUCGGAAAUUAAUCAAGCAUUGGACAACAUUUUUUCCUGCACACUAAUGUCCCAACAAAUUCAUAUCUUAAUCAGAAAUUGUAAUUUGUGUUACUAUUCUCUCUGAAAGGAUAAGGGAGAACACUAAGAAAGAACUCAUUGAAAUAUAACUUUGCAUCAAGGAGUUUCCACAUACUGGAUUUAACAAUCACUAAAAAAAAUUAUAAAAUGGAGCAACGGUGCCAUGUUUAAUAUUUGUACAAUAUUUCAACAUAAUGUGUUAAGCACUGUACAUGAAUCAUAGCAUAUGGUACAUUUUGAAACUAUAUAAACAAAAACAGAAUAGCAAAUAAGAUUUGAUACUUUUUACACUGAGUUUUUACAGCUCAAAAAUGCCUGAUGUUCAAGACUGCUGAAAUACAUUUUCUAAUAAAAUAUUGUAACUUUU